GAGGAUAAAACCAGGCCAUAUAACUAGCUAAUGGCUACUGCCAAAACCAUAUACAUGUCGUCCAUUGUUGACCUCUCCACACAACAGGAAAAAGAAAUUCCAUUAACCCUUCUGAGACACAAAAAUUUCAUGCUUUUUAGGUCAAAUAGUAACAAGUGUAGCGCAAUUUAUAUCACUUAAAAAGUUAGGAAGCCAUACCCAACUUCAGAUGAAUGUGAAAAGUGUAUGUAUGCAUAAAGAAUGUCAUCUUUUAUUUGUUUGUUCUUUUCCUGCACAUCCCCUCGAUAUGGUUUAAAUUGGGAUGAACUAAAAAGAUUUUUUUUUUUUUUUUUUAAAGAGGGAAGCUCCUUUUGCACAGAGAUAGAGAGAAAAGAGACAAGGGGGAGAGUGGGUAGUCAUAUUUGUAGGUAUAGGGUUACUUUCAUUGUCUUGGUUAAUUCUCUUUGCCUAUAUCUCUCCUAGAAGUUUGAGAGACCCUCUCUUUGUGUUCUUUCUUGUGAUUACCUACAGAUCGAUCACCCUAUAUAGCAUAGUUUGGUUUUCUCUUAUAUAAGGAGGCGCACUCGUUUCUUUCUGUUCUUGCAGCUAGCCUUCAAGAGAGAGAGAGAGAGAGAGAGAGAGAGAUAUGGCAAGCUCCUCUCAAGCCAUGCUAAACCAGGGCUUGUUUGAAGAGCAAGAGAUGCCUACGCAAAUGGGUUUCUUUUCUUUUGCUCCACACUCAACUUUUCCUCAACUGGAUAGUUGCCAUCAAUCUCUCAAAGGCUUUACUAUACCCCAUUCGCUUGUAGCCGAUGCACCAUCUACUGCGAAUCUCACCGAAACGCUACUCUCAUCCGCCGCUGCUAAGCAAAGAGAAGACAUGACAGCUUAUUUAGGAGGACCCCAUCUCCUUUCAUUGCAAAGACCUAGUGCAAAUCUCUGGGCAUGGGGAGAGGUGAGUGAGUUUUUAAGCAGCAAAAGAAGUGGUGGAGAUGAUCAUCAUCUAGGGGUUUCUGCAAUGAAAAUGAAGAAGAUUAAAGCAAGAAGGAAGGUAAGAGAGCCUAGGUUUUGCUUCAAGACCAUGAGCGAUGUGGAUGUGCUGGAUGAUGGUUACAAGUGGAGAAAGUACGGCCAGAAAGUGGUAAAGAACACACUUCAUCCCAGGAGCUAUUAUCGAUGUACACAAGAUAAUUGUCGUGUAAAGAAGCGAGUGGAGAGAUUAGCUGAGGACCCAAGAAUGGUGAUAACAACCUAUGAAGGAAGACACAUACAUUCUCCAUCACAUGAUCUUGAAGACCCACAAGCUCAAUCCCAGCUUAACAAUUUCUUCUUCUAGCUGUGCUUUCAAUUCCUCUUCAAUCACCCAUCUGGUUUGUUUGUUGUGUAUGAUCUUUUUAUUUAUGCCUUUUGAUCUUAUAGAUGGAAAAUAAGACAAUAUAUGAUAUAAACCUUCAUAGUAUGUACAUGGCAGAAAAUUUUAGAAUACAAUCAUUGGAUGUACAACAAUUUUAUUUUGAUUAUUGAUUAUAGUGAGUUUCAUACAGAUCUCACUAUAAUCAACGAUUAGAAUAUAUUUAUUGUACAUAUAAUGAUUGUACUGAAAAGCUCUGCAUCUAAUGCUUAAUAAAUCAAAACUUUGCAGUUUUGAUUUGUAAACUUAGAAUUGCAUUUGAUGCACUUGAAAAUAGUACACUUUUCUUUUAUAUGUAUGUGAGUUUCGCUUAAAAAACAACUAGCUAAUUUCACAUAUUUGUAAAAGAAUGUGUAUUAUUUUUUUAGUGCAUUGGAAAUAUUGUAGAAUUUGCAUUCUUUCAGCUUGUGUAAUUUCCUUAGUAUAUAAAUGAGAUGUACUUGUCAAGAACUUUUAUUCUAUUAUUAUUUUUUUUUCUAUUAUAAAUAGAUGAUAUUAUGAGGAUUUUCUUU